AUGUCCCUGUACUUUGAUGCAGUGUCCGUCCUGAGUGCGUCGCCCGAUGCUGGUGGCUCGUUGAAGUCGCGGAUAUACAAUUCCAGCCUGAAGUCUUCGCCGCCGCAAAUCUACGCUCUGAUCGCUGAAGUGACCAAAUGGAAUGCGGUGCUGAAGGAGGUUGUUGAUAAUUCCGCCAUUCUUGCGCAUGAGCCGAAGCUCACUCCACUCCUCGCCCUGCUCCUUACCCAUGACCUUCUCCUUUCUAGAAAGGGUAUCGCUGCACCAGCGAAUCAUCCGCUCCGCCUUGCGAUCGAACGGCACCGAACGCGAUUGAAUGCCGAGUUCACAAAGAUCCGAGUCCGUCGUGGCUGUGCAUCGGUCGAGCAGUUGCGCUCAACCCUGAGGCCGACACUCCGAGGCCCUGGGGAUAACACGGUUCCCAAUCCUCGAUGGGUUCGGAUCAACAAUGCUCGCACGACGCUGGAGCAGGAGCUGAAAACAACCUUCGGCGCCUACUCCCCUGUCGCCUCCCUCAGUGGGCUUGCAGCUACUGGGAGUAAAGGAUACUAUGUUGACCGGCAUAUCCCUGACCUCAUUGCCGUCGUAUCGACCUCUCAACUGCUCUCGACCCGCGCGUACAAGGAAGGAAGAAUAAUUCUUCAAGACAAAGCGUCCUGUUUUCCAGCAUACUUGCUGUUAGGGGACAAAGCCGCUCCUUGGCGUGGGGAUUUGAUAGAUGGGUGCGCAGCUCCGGGGAACAAGACAACACACUUAGCAUCCCUAUUAUUUGCCUCGGGCCAGACGUCUAGCCAUAUCUUUUCCCUUGAUGCGUCGCCCACCCGAUCCAAAACGCUCCAAAAGAUGGUUGGGAUUGCGGGAGUCAAGAAUCGUGUGACCGUUCUUGCGGGCCAGGACUUUCUGGCUUUGGACCCGCGAGACCCUCGAUUCAAAAAGGUCACAGGCCUGCUACUAGAUCCAAGCUGUUCGGGAAGCGGUAUCGUGAGACGUGAAGAUGUCCCUCAACUUGCUUUACCCGAGCCUUCCUCCCGGACCGCCCGGGGAUCCGGAUCGAACCCUCGAAAGAGGAAACGCAAAGCAGACGAUUCAUUAUCCGCGACUGGAGAAUCGUCAGCGACGGAUAAUGCAGAAAAUGAACCCGUCAACGGGGAGCUCGACAUUGCCCGGCUAACCAAGCUAUCGAACCUCCAGGCCCAAAUCGUCGAGCAUGCGUUCAAGUUUCCAUCAGCCACAAGGGUCACAUACAGCACCUGUUCGAUACACGCUCAAGAAAAUGAAAACGUAGUAUCCCGCGUUCUAAGGUCUUCUACAGCCAGGGAACGGGGAUGGAAAAUCCUUCCUAGAGCGGAACAAGUGGACGGACUAAGAACGUGGCAUCAUCGAGGCUGGCUGACAGGUGGCCAUGAGCCCGUUGAGGGUGAAGAGUCAUGGGAGCUAACGGACAUAGAAAGCGACGCGUGCCUGCGAUGCUCACCGGGUGAUGCAGAAGGGACGGGCGGGUUCUUCGUUGCCGGAUUUGUAAGAGAUCCUGAUCUCCAGGCCACGGAUGAGAAUCAAGCCGAAGAAUGUUUGGGUGGGGAGGGGAUGGUGGAUGAAGACAGUGAUGGGUCUGAGGAAACCUGGGAAGGCUUUGAUACAGAUUGA